AUUAUAAAUGGCAUAAUCAAUUGGGCUACUUGAUUUAUGAUAACACAUGAAUCCAAAAGUUAAAAAGUAAUUAUAGUAAGGCCCAAGCCCAGACUGGGCUAUAACGGCCAUAAUUCAAAAGUUGUCCCUUUCCCUCGUUCCCUUCCCAUGAAGGGGAAAAUCGAGAGAGAAAAGGGGAAAAUUCUCCAAAGCUAGGGUUUUUCCAAAUUGUUGUAAGAUUCUUGAAAUUGAUCCAUCUCUUUCCGAAACCCAGAAAAGUUUCUCGGUUUAAUUGCAAACUGAUGGAGAAUGUGUUGGAUGUAAUGGAAAGAAAAAAGCAAGCAUCAGAUUUGAAGGGUGAGACCCAUGACCCAAAAGAAUCAACUUCUUCGACUAAAGAAAAUGUUGUAGAAAGGCAUCUACAACCACAUUUUGCGGCUGUUACACCGGAGAAACCUAUUGAGGCCUCGUUAUCGAAUAGCAUGAAGGAAGCUGAGCUACUACUUCCUCACAAGUACAAGAUUCUAUUGGACUUUCUUGACCGAAUGGUUUCUUCAUUGAGACUACUUGCUUUAUCCAAUAAGCCUCCUACUUUCCAUAACAUUUCCCGUCAAGUGGAAAUCUUUACUAAGAGAAAGUUCGAGUACAAGCAUCUGGCGCAGAUAAAACAUUUGCUGCCUGAAGCUGUCAAUAUUGAAAAGAUGCUUAUGCAUAAUGCAGAAACUUUGUGCCUGAACCCAGAAAUUAAAAUUACCUUGAGUUUGGACAUUGUUGAAGGUUGCCGUGAAGAAUCUGUCUUUAUUGCUCUGCACAAUCUUUUGGUUUCGAGGCUAAAAGCCUUCUUGGAUAAACAAUUAGAGGCUUCUGAUAUUCCUGAAGCUGAACUGCCCUUUGCUUAUAGCCAGAGAGAUGCCACCAUCAAUAGAGAACCAUUACCGUUGGAGGAUACAUUGACUUCAAGUAGAACCGAAGUGAUGAAUUCAUCACAUUUCAGUCCAUCCCACGCCCCAUAUUUUGUAGAAAGAGGUAAUUUGGAUAUAGCAGAGACAACAGGACUCAAUCCUGUUUCAUUACCAAGUUCAUCUUUGUCAAUUGGUGAAGAAAUCAGAAGCGAAAGGACAAUCCGUGAUUCAAGUUCAAAGCCUAUGCUUGAACAAAAUAUGAUCUCUAGCUCCAGACAAGAUGUGGGUUCUAGCACUUUGGAUAGGACUCCUCUGAAAUUUGUCUCAGAAAGUGGUGAUUUAAUGCUCGAAACUCCUGCACUGUCCACUCCAAAGAGAGUAUCUUCAUCCACUGUUGAAGGGAAGCAGAAGACUUUGAUAACUCAAACUUGCACGUCUUGCAAUCAGACAGCAAAAAGAUCCUUAGAUUUUUCUAAGCUGGAUGAAGGAGAAGAAAAUUCAUUGAACCUGAACCCCACUUUGUAUGAGGUGGACCAAACCGAAAGUUUACUAGAUACAUCUACCCAAAUGGAAAUGAAGGAAAAGACAGUCUCUGCAUCUUAUAUUACUUCUUCCCAGGAUAAAGUAAGCAUUUUCUGUGGUGGAAAGGACAAUGAGAUCAUUCCUCCUGCACACGAGCAAACAUCAGUUGGCUUGUCCGAAUUUGCUGUUUCAAUCCAGAAAUUGUUUCAAUCUGUCAACCUACGUGCAAUGACAAAAGACGAACUAUUUCAAAAGAUUAUUAUGAACAAUUUUGAAUUUGAUGAGGAAGGCCAUAUUGAACAAAAAUUAGAGAUUCUUGAAAAGCUUGUUCCAGGUUGGCUUUCCAAAAAAAGGAUGCUGAGUGGCGAUCUUACGUACAGCCUCAAGAUGGUACCAGACUUGCAUUCUAUUCUUGAAAUGGCCACAACCAUUUGAUGACACAAGUACGAGGUAAGCAGUAUCUCGUGCUUCAUCAUAGUGUUUGUUCCAGUGUGUCCAGGGUGAACACUUUCCCCUUUCGUCUGAAAUGUCUAAGAACUUUUGUCCUCUCCUUUGCUUUGAUAAAUAGGGUUUGAGGGCGUGGGACCAAAAUUUGUUGGCAACUGGAAGAGUGGUACAACCAAAUGUGUUUGGUUAUCAGGAUUAUGGACAUUUGUUUCUCCAGAUUUGUUCUUGUGUGUAAACUACCCCCUGUGAUCUACGUUUGUAAGUAAACGGUGUACCAAUUCCAACAUCAAUCCAACAUUUGGUCAGCUCAUUGUCAUUUACUCUGUUUCUUCUUUUUUAUUUUUCAUGCAUAUGGAAGAAGCACAAUGAGAUUAGUUACAGAACAUCUACUGGUCGGGUGUUGCCGAUACAUAGCAACCUAAGAGAACAGGAGUCUUUUAAU